AGUGCGGUUAUGUUUCUUUGGUUCGCGGUUCGGUGAAAAUUUACUAGGAGAAAAAGGACGGCUAGUGAAAAUGAUAAGAUUAUGUGUACAAUACAAUUUAAGAAACAUCCUUCGACGAGAUUCCAUCUUGCCAUCCAUCCAGAAGCAAUGCAAAAGCAGUAGCGCCAAAGGAAGUCCGGUUGCAGAAACUUUCAAUGACGGCAGCCGGCAAGAGGUUGCGGAUUCCACAGGGUCUAAGGCCAAGCUCCCCCAAAGGAAGCCUCUCGUCAAAAACUUGAUGUUGGGCGUUGUAGACAAGGAACUGCUUCGAUACCCAGAAGUAAUAUCUCGUGAUGACACCUCGAAACUAGAUGAGGAAAUCGCUUCCGUAAAAUCAUAUUUCAGCGACACUAUUGCUCCGAAAUUUCAAGAAUUCUCCCUAGACAUCCCCAGGGAAGUAAAGGAUAAUCUGAAGAAUCUAGGACUGUAUAGUUUCAGCGUACCGAAAACUUAUGGAGGUAGAGGUUACACGACCUCUGAGCUCUCGGUUGCUUCGGAACCGGAACAAAUUAGUGUGGACAUAGCAACUUCCCUGAUGGCCCAUAGGGUGGUAUCAGAAGUAAUAGCGCAAUUUGGAACUGAUAAUAUCAGAGAGACGUACUUGCCCAGAAUGGUAGAUGGCUCAAUCGUUGCUUCUGAAGCUAUUUUCGAAUCACAACCUACGGAAAACCAGUUUUUCGGAACCACUGCUGAAUAUAACGAAUCAGAUAAAGUGUGGACUCUGAAUGGGGAAAAAUCAUUUGUUAUUAACGCUCAGGAUGCAAAUUUAUUCUUAGUCGUGGCUCAGGUGAAUACGUUGAACAGGUCGGGCAAUAUGGAAGAUGGUGUUGCAGUUUUUCUUGUGGAUUCUACUUUGCCCGGAGUUAAAGUUGAAGCAAAGAAAUCGUUUGGAAUUCAAGGUGCUCGUCAAGGAACGGUCCAGUUACGCAAAGUUACAGUGCCAGAAGAAAAUAUGCUAGGCGAAGUGAGCGAAUCUGGAAUGGUAACCCAAUCUUUACUAAAGCUGAAUCGACUGAAAUCCGGACUUCUGUGUACUGGAAUGCUGAAGAACAUAAUCAAAGAUAUGACCCAUCAUGCCACGUUUACAAAACAGAAUGGAAUCUAUUUAAAGGAUAUGAAGCACAUAAGUGACCGGCUGGCGAGACUUGUUUGCAGCACAUAUGCAAUCGAAAGUAUGUCAUAUCUAACAACAGGUCUCCUGGAUGAGUUCCAAAAUCAAGAUGUGGAACUGGAAGCAGCAAUAUUGAAACUUUACGCCUUGGAGAGUCUUUGGAAAGGAGCAACUAAUUGUAUGAACUACUUGGGACCAAAGUGUCUGGAGGCUGGGCAACCUUCGGAAUUACAUCUUCGGAAUGCAGCUCAGUUGUGUACACAAAACGAACCGCUUGACUCUUUGAGAAUAUACAUUGGUCUGAGUGGCAUCCAAUACGCUGGGAUGAAUAUCCACGAAGUCAUACGAAAAGAUCGCAAUCCACUUUUCUAUCCAAUGCACGUAUUGGGUCGUCUUUUCGAAAAACAGUCAAUAGAAUCACCUAAAUUGACACUGCAUUUGGAGGCCGAAGUUCAUCCUUCAUUGGACUUGGCAGCAAAAUGUUUAGAGCAAUCCGUAUUGCGCUUGCGAGAGGCCACGGAGACCUUACUUAGCAGAUUUGGCAGUGAAAUUGUGGAAGAGUCGGUUGAAGCUAUUCGAAUUUCCGAGUGUAUGACUCUGAUUUAUGCAACAUUUGCAAGCUUGGCACGUUCGUCCCGUUCUUAUUGCAUUGGCUUAAGGCACUCAGACUACGAAUUAUUAAUUACAACGAUUCUGGCAAUUGAGGGAUCUUUGCGAGUGAAAGAACUAGUUACGGAUAUUGUAAACGGACCAUAUAUGACAAGUGACCAAAAUAACCAGAAGAUUGCCAAGCAAUUGUUUAAAAGCCAGAAAUACUUUUAUGAACAUCCGAUAAAGUAUAAUUUUUAAAAUAGUGAAAAGUUUUAAGUAAAUGUAAUUUAAAUACGAACAAUUAUUU